UGUUUAUCUACGUACCAGAUAGAAGCACGUCGCGCAUUAUCAAUUUGAUUUUAUUGAUUUCAAUUACUUUUGUUUUGCAUAUAACAAUAAGUAAGUCAGUUUAACUGAUAGCCGAUGGCGCGCCGGCACUGCUCCUCUCCGUCUUUCCAGAGGACUACAGCACGCAGUUGGGUUGCCGUGAUGCCUGGUUUUUUGUCUGGUGUCCUUCUUCAUAUGACCGUCGUGCACUACUUGUUGUUGGGGCUGCACACCAGCUUGACGACCUCCAAGGUAGUUGCCAGCGUUAAAGCCUCUCAUGCUCCGCGAAGUAGAGGCGGAAGAAGAACAAGAAGUACUUCUCGAUCAUCCCCCUUGUUGCAAGAAGAGCAAAAAUCCCGCAACGCUUCUCCUCCCCGAUCACCCUCAACAUCAUCCUCUCGAGGUAGGAGCUCCAGGUCCAGCACUGGCCGCAGAAUAAAACAAGAACGUGGUCGUAAAAAAGAACAAAGUCCUGCUGGUGCUGCUGCUUCAUCUUCUGGUGCUACAACAGCAGGUGGACGAGCUUCUGCUCCGCUUGCUCCUGCCGCACAGGACAACAUCGGAUGGAAAAAUACUAAAGGCGAAGAAGAGGAGCAAACGUGUGCGAUUUGUCUUGGUAAACUGCAUGGCACUAGUACAAACUCAGAGGACGACGUGGUUUCGCUCCUCCACCUGCCAUAUGCAUUGCAAAUUUGUCUGCGUCUGGAAGGUUGCAAGUUGUGAUGCUGUCUUUGCAUUCUAAAAAAAUCUGUAUUGCAUUCCCAGCAAGAGGGGUCUUGUUUGCGCUACAUGGAGUAGAAGGCAUUUCUCUUGCGGCAUAGGCAUCAGGAAGCCCUCUACAAGUCUGUGAUGGUAGAUUAUACAUUACCGGCGUCAUGGCUCAUGUAAGAUGAUUUGCAUGACAAGUGUUGCACCCGCCUUCCAGACCCAGAAUCAUUUGCAGUUCAUAUCCGAGAUCCAAAUGCGAGCGGAUCAAAGGAGGUUGAGGAGCGUCUGAAGCAUAUCUUGUGUAAAAACGUCCCCAGUUGUCCAUAUUAUCAUAUCAAGAUGGGGAAUCUGCUGCUACUUACACAGAUACCACAAGCUUUGGUUGUUGCGCAUGACAAGCCUGGCCUUGAUGUAGUGGAAUCCUGUUGAGCUAGUUCAGCAGCGUCACAGAUCUAGCGCAUCAUGCUGACUGGAGCAUGUGCAUGACAAGCUGGAAACCGUGACUAGAAAAUGCUUCUCAUGGGGCUCAGCAUGACAUGAACCAUCUUAAGUAUUUAGCAUGCAGAUUUGCCAUUUUUUUAUCAAAAAAAUAUUAAUAUUUUUUUAUCCUCUAUAGGGAGGUGGGGACGCUUUUGCUCAGAAUAAAGGAGACAGCCCUGCACAAGUUCCAUCGAAAGUGUGCAGUAGGGGAGCCUAUGCAUCGCAAACAUGUCUGGGUCUGGAAGCUUGUCAUACAAGGAAUGGAAGAGUGAGCACAGCCACAGGCACACUACUGCAAGGACGCGCUCCCCAGCAUGACAAGUUCUUCCGUGGUUCACAGUUGCGUACUUACGCGUCCGCAUGAGAAACUGCGUUUUUGCAUGACCACAGAUCGAAGAGAUGAGCUCUUCGCGGGCACGCAAUACUUAUCGAGGAGAGUUCAGAGUCAUGCCCCCUGACUAGCGUGACGAGAAAUCUCGCAAUCUCCCAGAGGACCCAGACAUAUUUGCAGUUCAUAGAUCUGAAGAAGAGGCGUGGUUUUCUUUGCGAACCUGGUUUUGACCCCGCAGAAGAGCCGCAGCGUGGUUCUUGCCCACUGUGCAACCACCCGCUGUCUUCGGGUUCCUUGAGCAUGAAAAACUGUUUCGUUGUGG